AAUUACUGCAAUCUUGGUGCAAUGAUUUAUUUAACCACGAAAAUUGUUGUUAUUACAUGUAAUUAAAGUACAUAUUAUAACCAUGUCAAACUACAUACUAACCCAGUAUUAACCACCUCGAAAAGACUGAUAUUUAGGAUUCUACUAAUAAAAAAGCUGAAAAUAUGCCCGAAAACCUAGAACUUCAACAGUUAGUAGAUGAUGAGCAGGAAGAUGAGCCAAAGAUCCGAGAAUCGAGGUCUUUAUGCAGAUGCCCAUACCUAGGUUUGAUCCUAGCCACUCUAAGCUCCCUAUUCUUCUCUCUAUGCUCUGUGAUCGUCAAAUGGAUGACUGACAUUGACCCGAUGGCUCUAGCAGCCUACCGUUAUCUAGGUGUACUCUUGCCAGCAAUACCGAUCGUAAUAUACCGCCAAGAAAAGGUAUUCCCGAAAGGGAAACGGAUAAUGCUUUUGCUACGUUCAUUCACCGGAACCGCUGCUUUAAUGUUAAGUUUUUACGCUUUUCGACACAUGCCACUGGCAGACGCAUCAGUGAUAGUAUUUUCCGUACCUGUAUUUACUGGUAUUUUCGCCAGGAUGUUCCUGAAAGAACCGUGUGGAUUAUUCAACGUAUUUUCUGUUAUUUUGACUCUAAUCGGGGUUAUUUUUAUAACAAGGCCCCCUAUGUUGUUUGGUAACACGAUAGAUUCUCUGGGCCAUAACGGUCAAAGGCCGGAAAUGUGGGGCGCAGUUGCAGCUUUUUCUGCAACGCUGUUCGGGGCCAACGCUUACGUUCUGCUUAGGGCUUUGAAGGGUAUUCAUUUUUCCGUCAUAAUGACGAAUUUCGGCUGUUUCGCCUUAGUGCAAUGCGUGCUGGUCACUAUUUUGAUAGGGGCGCUUUGUUUGCCUUCUUGUGGGAUAGACAGGUACUUGAUCGUAGCCUUGGCACUGUUCAGUUUUCUUGGGCAAAUACUGUUGACGUUAGCUUUGCAAAUGGAACAGGCGGGUCCUGUGGCUAUAGCGAGGAGUAGCGAUAUCGUGUUCGCCUUUAUUUGGCAGGUUCUGUUUUUUGAUGAGAUACCGAAUAAGUUUUCUAUAGGCGGCGCUAUAUUAGUAAUGAGUUCUGUUCUUUUGACAGGGCUGAGGAAGUGGAUCCUUGCUCUACCGCAGGACGCUAGCCUCAGGAGGAAUCUGAGCAUCCUAGCUAAAUAAUGUCUACAAUCAAGUAUAUUUAUAAUAUGGGUAUGGUACUUUUAUACACGUUUCUAUUAUAUAUUGCUGGGGUCGUUUUGGGUAAUAUCAUGUUGAUUAUAAAGUGACAUAUUUUUUGCCCAGCAAAUAUUAUAUCACUAGUAUAUAUUGAUAACAUACUUUUAUGUUGGAGUUUGGUGUGGAAAAUAUUACCUCGUUAUUCUUAGUGAGAUGUUUUAACAAGGCCAGUGCAGAAUCUCGAAGCUAGUCAGAAAAAGUGUUACUAUUUUGUUACUAAUCGAAUGUUAAUUUUAAAAAAGUUGUGCUGUGUACAUUUUCUAUAGAAGUUUAAGUUUUGUUUUGUAGUGUAUGGUAGAGUAGGGAAGAUUUCUACAUUUUGAUGUGAAAUUAUAUUUUUUUUGUAAAUAUUGUCCCUACGGCAAGAACCAAGUAAACAUUAGGCAGAUACUUGUUGGAGGUCAUUUUUUCUCAAAAAAAUCAAAUAUUCCACCAUAAUAUUGUGUACAAAGUUGUAAAAAGAAUUUUGGUACAUUCAACACUUAGAUUAUGAAGAGCUCUUAUUAUUUUUGUAGAUUCCUAGAUAAUUUGAUAGCCGUUAGGAAAUGUCGAUUACAACAUUUAUUUCAAAGAAUGCGGAUGUCGUCGUAUAAUUUUAUUUCCUAGUAUUUACAUUUACCAACGCACAGUGCACUUUUCUAUCACUUACAUACUCUCCAAUAUCAAAAAGCUCUAGUCACUUGCUCCAAUAAAUCGUGUUGUAUAUUUUUUGUCAUUUGUAUAAAAUAAGUUUGACCAUUUAGAUGUAUUGGUUUUAUUUAGAAAUGUGAUAUAAUGAACCUAUGUACUUAACUUGCUCGUAAUAAAUUUGC